AUAACGUAAUAGUUCCAAAAAUGAAAAUGGUUGUAAGGCGCCGCGAAUCAGCCGGGCGAAAACGAUAGUAAUUUAUUAGAUCGCAAGCAAUCCAGCACAGGAAAAAUAGCAUAUCGUCUGCAACGGGCUUUACUUUCUGGCAGGAGUAAUUUGAAAAAAAAUUAAAAAUAUCGGCAAUUAUGCUAAAUCAAGCUUUAGUAACAUGAAGGAGCACACCUUGACGAUUUUCCUGGGGUUGGCAAUUUUCAGAAGUGGUUCGGACGGAAAGGGUUUUUCAGGCUAACCGAUCCCAUGAGAUGCCGUUCGCCUUUCUGGUGAGGAACCGAUCUUAAAAUGUACAAGAUAAUAUCCAGGACACUUGUGCGCAAAGGCAGGAACACAUUGGAGCCUCUAAUGCGCACCCCGAUACAACGGGGUCUCGUGAAGGCGGCCAACGGGACGGAAAGGUCGGGCAAAGUAGCCCACCUUAAACAGUUCUGGUUCGGCAAGUACAUAAAUUACAUCAAAAACUACGAGCGCACGCUGGAGCAAAAGUUUCCGCGUACGAUGCAGGUGUACCGUGUGUUCAGCGUUGGCAGCAAAGAUGUGUACAUGGACCUUAAGAGGUUUAUCACCGCGAGAAAGAAGCAAACGUUGAACGGCGUGGAGAGCCUGACGCGGGAGGAGCUGCAGCUGGUGCACACAAUGCCCAAGGAUCUCUGGAAGCUCUCGCCGCUGUUCCUGCUCUCGGCUGUUCCGUUCACGAAUUACGUCAUUUUCCCUCUAGCCCUGUACUUUCCGCGCUAUUUACUGACGUCGCACUUCUGGACGCUGCAGCAGAAACUGGAAUUCAUGCUGUCCGGCCACAAGGCGAGGCUGAAGCACAACAGAUCGCUGUUUAGGUGCAUGCAAGCGGAGCUCAAGGGCAUCAAGAACGAGGCGCUCAGAAUUAAAUGGCGCGACGCUAUCGCCUGCUUAGGAAGCGGCACGCAUCCAACCACCAAGAAUAUCGUAGUUUGUUCCAAGCUCUUUUCAGGCCCACCGUAUUCUCUCGGUAAUCUCAAGAGAAAACACCUAAAAGAGUUAUUGGCGAUACACGGUAUGUCAGUAUGGAAACCUUUCAAGAGGAGAAGAUUGGCGGAAAGGGGUAUGUUAAUAUUGCGAAUGGAUCGCGCUAUUGUACGAGAAGGAGGAGUAAAAGAAAUGUCUAAUGAGGCGAUGCGAUGGGCACUAUCCUUUAGAGGUGUAAAUCCUGCAAAUAUGUCCAUAGAAAGUAUGAGAAGCUGGCUUGAACAAUGGUUAAUAGUAUCAGCAUCCGUUGACCAAAGUAAUAUAUCCUUGCUAUUACACAGUCCUAUUUUAUUAGCUUAUAACCAUUCAACAAAUUGGAUUCUUAUAUAUAAUUGAAAGACUGAUAAAGAGUAAUUCUAAGAUUUGUCAGUUUUUGCAAAAUAUUUUAAUAAUAUCCGUUUUCACGAAAAUUUGCUUUAGGAUUCUUGAUCCACUUAGGAUUAAUCCACUGUCUUUUCAUUUGUGGAUAUACAUAAAUAAUAUCCUAUAGUGUGCAAGAUGAAAGCGCGAAUUUACACUUUUUAAUUUUUAAUGAAAACUAUAAAGCUUUAUUUCUCGCUAUCUGUAUAAACAAAUAUUAUGUUUGAUAUGAUGUUUAUGCUGAAAAAAUACACGAACUGUUUGUGUCUGUUUA